GCACGUCCCCACGCACGCUCCGGCGUACGGCGGCGGCCGGGGGUCGCGAGCCGGUGGAGGACCCGCGCGCGGAGGAGCCGGGGAGUCAGCGCUUCUUCCCUCCCUCCCCCUCUCCCCUCCCCGCUCCCUGCCCCCCUCCCCAAGAAUGUUCCGCUACGAGUCUUUGGAGGAUUGUCCUCUGGAUGAAGAUGAAGAUGCAUUUCAGGGACUGGGAGAAGAAGAUGAAGAGAUUGAUCAAUUCAAUGAUGAUACAUUUGGGUCAGGUGCAGUUGAUGAUGAUUGGCAGGAAGCACAUGAGCGCCUGGCUGAACUGGAAGAAAAGCUACCAGUGGCAGUUAAUGAACAAACAGGCAAUGGAGAGAGAGAUGAAAUGGACUUGUUGGGUGACCAUGAGGAGAAUCUGGCAGAAAGGCUCAGUAAGAUGGUGAUUGAAAAUGAACUAGAAGAUCCAGCUAUCAUGAGGGCAGUGCAGACCAGGCCAGUUUUACAAUCCCAACCAGGAAGUCUGAAUUCCAGUAUCUGGGAUGGAUCUGAAGUUCUGAGGCGAAUUCGAGGACCACUGCUUGCUCAGGAAAUGCCUACAGUGUCUGUAUUAGAAUAUGCUUUGCCUCAGAGGCCCCCCCAGGGUCCAGAAGAUGAUCGGGACCUUUCUGAACGUGCAUUACCAAGGCGGUCAACUUCACCUAUCAUUGGCAGUCCUCCUGUUAGAGCUGUCCCCAUAGGCACCCCACCUAAACAGAUGGCUGUACCCAGCUUCACCCAACAGAUUCUGUGUCCGAAGCCUGUCCAUGUUCGGCCUCCAAUGCCACCUCGUUAUCCUGCUCCCUAUGGUGAGAGGAUGUCUCCAAACCAGCUCUGCGGUGUCCCGAACUCUUCCCUCCUGGGUCACCCUUUUCCUCCUAGUGUUCCUCCUGUUCUCAGCCCCCUCCAGAGAGCACAGCUUCUUGGAGGAGCACAGCUACAGCCUGGACGGAUGUCUCCCAGCCAGUUUGCACGGGUCCCUGGAUUUGUUGGUAGUCCACUUGCUGCCAUGAAUCCCAAGUUGCUACAAGGGCGAGUUGGGCAGAUGCUUCCCCCAGCACCAGGCUUCCGUGCCUUCUUUAGUGCUCCACCCUCCGCUACACCACCUCCACAGCAGCACCCUCCUGGCCCAGGACCCCACCUGCAAAACCUAAGAUCUCAGGCCCCAAUGUUUAGACCGGACACAACUCACCUUCAUCCACAGCACCGUCGACUCUUGCAUCAGAGACAGCAACAGAAUAGAAAUCAGCAUCGGAAUCUCAAUGGUGCCGGAGAUAGAGGAAGUCACCGGAGCAGUCAUCAAGAUCAUCUCCGAAAGGAUCCGUAUGCUAAUCUCAUGUUGCAGCGGGAAAAGGAUUGGGUCUCCAAAAUCCAGAUGAUGCAACUGCAAAGCACUGAUCCCUACCUGGAUGAUUUUUAUUACCAGAAUUACUUUGAAAAACUGGAGAAACUGUCAGCUGCUGAAGAAAUACAAGGUGAUGGCCCUAAGAAGGAGCGCACCAAGCUUAUCACCCCUCAGGUGGCCAAACUGGAGCACGCCUAUAAGCCAGUGCAAUUUGAGGGGUCUUUGGGAAAGCUUACCGUUUCUAGUGUGAAUAAUCCCCGAAAAAUGAUUGAUGCUGUUGUGACAUCUCGGAGUGAGGAUGAUGAGACAAAAGAAAAACAAGUUCGAGACAAGAGGAGAAAAACCCUUGUUAUAAUUGAGAAAACGUACAGCUUACUCCUUGACGUGGAGGACUAUGAAAGACGUUAUCUCCUAAGUCUGGAAGAAGAGCGACCUGCCCUAAUGGAUGAGAGAAAGCACAAAAUUUGUAGCAUGUAUGACAACUUAAGGGGGAAAUUGCCUGGACAAGAGAGACCUAGUGAUGACCACUUUGUACAGAUCAUGUGUAUCCGAAAAGGGAAGAGAAUGGUUGCCCGUAUUCUUCCUUUCCUCUCCACAGAGCAAGCAGCUGACAUUCUCAUGACAACAGCCAGGAACCUCGCUUUCCUCAUCAAGAAGGAUGCACAAGAUGAGGUGCUGCCAUGCUUACUGAGUCCCUUCUCUCUCCUCCUCUAUCAUCUUCCAUCAGUGACUAUCACCAGCCUUUUGCAACAGCUAAUGAACCUACCUCAAAGUGCAGCUACACCAGCACCCUCCAAUCCUCACCUCACUGCUGUGCUCCAGAACAAGUUUGGCCUGUCACUGCUCCUCAUCCUCCUGAGCCGUGGUGAAGACCUACAGAGUUCAGACCCUGCCACAGAAUCAACGCAAAAUAAUCAGUGGACGGAGGUGAUGUUCAUGGCAACACGAGAACUUCUACGGAUUCCCCAAGCAGCCCUCGCCAAGCCAAUCUCUAUACCUACAAACCUAGUGUCCCUCUUUUCUCGCUAUGUUGACCGGCAGAAACUGAACUUGCUGGAGACAAAACUGCAGCUAGUUCAGGGGAUACGAUAAAAGAUCUCCAAAUGUGUCCUGUACCUGCACUGCUGCCAUCACCAAUGGAGUGUUUUUAAUGAGGGAGGGAAGGUAGCUUUUUCCCCAAAGCGAAGUCUUGUAGGAUUGAUUCCUGUUUACAGGGGUUGUCUCUCUAAAUGUCAGAUAUUUCCCCACUGCUCUAUGAAAUUUGGCUGGGUGAUACUUCUGCUGGUUUCUUUACCUUCUAUGUUACAGUUCUGCAUGUCCUACUUUUACUCAGUUCUGUUUUGCAUUUUCUUUGCCCUAGAGACACAAGUGUAAUCUCUCCCUUUAUCCCUCCACUACUCCACCUCAGAGUAGAUUGUAGCCUGCCAAAGGAUUCCUUCCCUCAUCCUAUUGAAGUUGUUUUUUCAUUGUCCCAUAUUAAUAUGACUAUAGAAGAGCCAAUUAAGUAGAGAUCAAGAUAUACACACACACGUAGAUACACACACACACACACACACCCCAUACAUGUAUUUAUGUGGUCUUCAGAGGGUCCUUAAAGAAUGAAUUUUAGAUUGAAAAAUAUUUAGUUGUCUCAUUACCUCUUCUAAACACAAACCAGCUGAUGUAUUUUAAUCUGUUUCUGUUCUAUCUUGUAAUUAAUUUGGUGGGUUCUACUUGUUUUAACAUAAAUAAAGAGUAUGCAGCACGUUUAAUAAAAUCAGAACUCUUAAUUGGCUUAUGCCCAGGUCUAGGCUGAGAAGUCCUUUUUCUUCUUCCCACCUUUAUUUCCUUAGUUUCUGUCCACCUUAAUCGAAACAGCACAUGGUUAUGUCUUUUUCCUGCUACAACUACAGGGUACUUGAGCCUUUCCCCUCCAGUGCAUUUGAAGUCACCCAGGAUGAUCCUCACUAGUAGCCUGCUUUGGCAAUGUGGCCUUUUGCACACUUGCCCUGUCUUCCUGAGACUACUUCAGUAAGCCAUGCUUCCUUCUUCCCCACUUUUAUUUGGUGUCAUGAAUAGAAACUUACAUAUGUAACCAUGGAAGCUAAGUUUGGCCUGCUUUGCUUUUUAGUCUCCACACCAUGGGCAGAACUGCUGUCUUUACUAUUUCAUCUCACCCAAGUCUUGUUCCCAGGGAGCCAGGGGCCUGGAUUUGAAUAAUUGCAGGGCCAGCCUGCCGUGAUCUUUCUCACUUACUCCUCUCCCAUUCAGCAGUCAACCAGACUAAGGAGUUUUGAUCCCUAGUGAUUACAGCCCUGAAGAAAAUUAAAUCUGAAUUAAUUUUACAUGGCCUUCAUGAUCUUUCUCACUCCUCUCCCAUUCAGCAGUCAACCAGACUAAGGAGUUUUGGUCCCUAGUGAUUACAGCCCUGAAGAAAAUUAAAUUUACAUGGCCUUGGUGAUCUUUCUGCUGUUCUUACUUUUUCGAAUGUAGUUGGGGGGUGGGGGGGACAGGUUGUGGUAUUUAAAGAGAAUAAACAUUUUGCACAUACAUGUAUUGUACAACAGUAAGAUCCUCUGUUAAAACCAGCUGUCCUUGUUCUCCAUCUCCGUUUCUUCCCAUGCUGUAACCCCAGGCUCCGCCAGCUGUUCCCCAGUGAUGUUACCUAGCUUCCCUCUACCAUUAUCUACUGACCAUUUCCACUACAUGCCUUUCCUACCUUCCCUUCACAACCAAUCAAGUAAAUACUUGAUUAUUAUCUCCUCCUUACUGUGCUUUAUCUUUUUUGUUUGGUUCUAAUUAAUGAAAAUAAAAGUUUCUAAAUUUACAUUUUUAUAGGGUAUUGUAAAUAAAAACAAAUUGUAUACUUAAAAA